AAAGGGUGUGAAUUAUCUGUAACCAGUGACAGAUCCAGGGAGUUCCGGCGUCGAGUGGCAAAUGGCGCAACGCGGGUGGUCGGAAAUGUUGUGCAUAGCCACUCUAUUGUUAUGCGGCGGUUUUGCAACCUCCUUUUCCACGGACCCUCCGUUGCUCCAACAACAAAAGGACCGGGUCGGUACGCUCCCGGGUCAAACCUUCAACGUUAGCUUCGCACACUACGCUGGGUACAUCACCGUCGAUGAAAAUGCUGAGAGAACACUCUUCUACUGGUUCAUCGAGGCCCUUGAAGAUCCUCAUUCCAAGCCCCUUCUUUUAUGGCUCAAUGGAGGACCUGGUUGUUCAUCCAUUGCUUACGGACAGUCCGAGGAAAUUGGACCCUUUUAUAUAAAUCCAGAUGGCAAGACUCUUCAUCCCAAUCCCUAUUCUUGGAACCGAGUUGCCAACGUUCUUUUUCUUGACACUCCUGUUGGGGUUGGAUUUUCAUAUUCAAUUAACGGAUCCGACCUGCUGAACAAUGGCGAUAAAAGGACAGCUGAGGACAAUUUAGCAUUUCUGCUGAAAUGGUUUGAGCGUUUCCCUCAGUAUAGAAGAAACGACUUUUUAAUUGUUGGUGAGAGCUAUGGAGGGCAUUACGUUCCUCAACUUAGCCAAGUUAUUGUUAGGUACAACUCAGCUAGUAAAGAAAAUGCUAUAAAUCUGAAAGGUUUCAUGGUAGGAAAUGCUCUGACGGAUGAUUAUCAUGAUCAAUUAGGGAUGUUCGAGUUUAUGUGGUCAACUGGUUUGAUUUCGGAUCAAACAUACAAGCUUUUGAACCAACUUUGUGAUUUUCAAUCAGUUGAACACCCGUCACAUGCUUGUGAUAAAAUUUGGGAUAUUGCUUAUAACGAACUUGGAAAUAUAGACCCAUACAGUCUGUAUACACCACCGUGCCAUGGCAAUGUUAGUCAGCUAAGUGGGCUGGUGAGAAGAAAGAAUAGAAUUGGUAGACUCGGUCUCAAUGCACCAUAUGAUCCAUGCACCGAAAGUCACUCCACUGCAUACUUCAAUCGACCUGAGGUCCAAACAGCUCUUCAUGUUGAUCUAGAUCAUAAGCCUGCUACAUGGGAUACCUGCAGGUCUGAGGACAAUUUAGCAUUUCUGCUGAAAUGGUUUGAGCGUUUCCCUCAGUAUAGAAGAAACGACUUUUUAAUUGUUGGUGAGAGCUAUGGAGGGCAUUACGUUCCUCAACUUAGCCAAGUUAUUGUUAGGUACAACUCAGCUAGUAAAGAAAAUGCUAUAAAUCUGAAAGGUUUCAUGGUAGGAAAUGCUCUGACGGAUGAUUAUCAUGAUCAAUUAGGGAUGUUCGAGUUUAUGUGGUCAACUGGUUUGAUUUCGGAUCAAACAUACAAGCUUUUGAACCAACUUUGUGAUUUUCAAUCAGUUGAACACCCGUCACAUGCUUGUGAUAAAAUUUGGGAUAUUGCUUAUAACGAACUUGGAAAUAUAGACCCAUACAGUCUGUAUACACCACCGUGCCAUGGCAAUGUUAGUCAGCUAAGUGGGCUGGUGAGAAGAAAGAAUAGAAUUGGUAGACUCGGUCUCAAUGCACCAUAUGAUCCAUGCACCGAAAGUCACUCCACUGCAUACUUCAAUCGACCUGAGGUCCAAACAGCUCUUCAUGUUGAUCUAGAUCAUAAGCCUGCUACAUGGGAUACCUGCAGGUAAUGAUCACUUGAGAAGCACUUGA